AUGUCUAUUUCCAGUCAAUUUGAUUGUUCCAGAUCUUCACCAAAUGUUGAAUUCAUGGAUAACCUAACUUUGCUGGCACCAAAUGUUAGGCGAGUACGACAUAUACAGACAAUUUCAAUAUUGAAUAUAACUUUUGCCUCUGAAAAAACUAAAGAUACGUCUCUUACUUCAGAUACAGUUUGCAGACGAUCGAUGAAGCUGGACAAGUGCUACGCAGAUGGAACUGUACAUGGUGUGUUACCUUCGCAAAAGGAAUGUGAUUGUGAAAGGGUAUUAGAUAACGAUCAAGAUAUAUUGAAUCAGGAGAACCCAAUCAAAAAGCAGAAAAUUUUACAGGAGUUAAAGGAUACAACGUUUUUCGAUACGUUUUACACGUUGAAUAAAUUUAUGGACAUUGAUUCUCCUUUUUACAUCAGCCGAAUCUUUCACGGAGGUACUAAUAUUCAGGAAGAUGUAAGCUUCGAUGAAAUUAACGAGAAUUCAUUAUCAUUAAAUCUGUUCAUAAAUUACAAAGGUAAGUGGUGUUUCCUAAAUCAAUAUCAUAUUAUGUUACCUCUUAUGAAAUGUAUAGGAGAUGAUCUGAAGAAAAUAAAUAAACUAUUUUGGAAGAAACCUAACUUCUUAACAAUAAAAUUUUCCGACAAUUGUUGUUACAUUCCAUCAAACUCUAAUGUGCCAAAAUAUGUGAUAAAUACUUUACAGAAAAGGCAAAUUCAGAGGAGCCAACAAAAAGCUAAAGUGUUGUAUCCGAGUAGACUUACAACUUGUACAUAUGACCAGAUAAUGAAGCUUAACAAUUUAAGGACCUGUGUUAAGGAUCUUGUGAACAUCAAAAAAACCAUAUGUGAUCAGUUACAUUUUACAACAAGGAGUGCAAAUGCGAGGCCAGAAAGUAGGCACGUUAUAUUUUCAAGUGUCGAUGCUUUAGAAAGCACGUUAGAUAACAAGCAGCUUUAUAAUGUAGAAUUAUCACGACGAAUUGAAUGCAUGCGAUUAAGCAUCAAUCAAAAGAAAAAAUUAAUUAAUAACAUUUUCAACCCAUUAUUAAAAUAUUAUCCUAAGCCAAGGAUAGAUAGCAUAGAGAACGAUCUACGGGAUAAUCUUUCCGGGUUUGAUCAGAUUGAAAAUGAUAUAAACAUUGAGAAAGCCCGAAUUGCAAAAGACAUCCUAUACAUAUUUCCUAUACAACGGGUAUCAACACCUAACGGUUCAUCUUUGAAAAAGAAUUAUGAGCUACUUGGUUACAGAUUUCCACCUUCGUCGACUCGUCGCAGGUUAUUAUCCAUAUUAAUGAAGUUGCAAAGAGCUCAGAUGUUGAGACUAAGUGCAUUAACCGGAUAUAUAUCAUAUAUCAUCAAUUUGUAUGCUCAUUAUCUUCGGGUUACUCUUCGUUACCCAAUUCGCUACUUGGGUUCCAGAUCAUACAUUCGAGAUUUCGUUAGCCCCAAGGCUACAAAGAACGGUAUUUUUCCACUAUUCCUCACUCAGAAUACCACACUUGCAUUAAAAUUUACGUAUGGGUUGAUGCUUUUGACCAGUGAUUUAGAACAGUUGUUCAAUAAUGAGCAACUAUAUAAAAUUGAUGAUUUGAAUUUACUCUUUAAUCUCCAUACUUUUUUACAGGGUAUGGCUACUUAUGGGACAAACUUCGAAAAUCGAGUUGAUUCGGUUGGCAAGCAUAAUUGCAAACAGUUUGCUUUUAAUAUUGGUACAGAAUCGCAGGAUCCAGGUGAACGCAUUGCAUUUUCAAAAAGAGCCCUGAAUCAGACGUUUGUUAGCCAAGAAAGAGAAAGCCACAUAAGAAAGCAUCUUUUGGGUAAUAUAAACGAUGUAUAA